CCUCCAUCUGAACUUAUGGGUACCUGUGUCGGCAUUGUACAAUACUUACAUGCAAUGUCAUCCAUGGAUACCUAGGGUAAUAUACUUCUUCCAUACAUACAUCUACAUCUUUCAUAUCCUAUUCCAUACGUAUCUCUUACCUCGUCGUCUGUAAAAAUAAAAUCACCCCUUUCCUCCUUGAUUCUUCCCUUUGGUUAGGUGUUAUUCUUUGGGUUAUGAUUAUAGUAACUAUCAUUAUCAGUAUUUAACCUAGGCAUACCUCCAAGUACCCACCUACGAAUCUUGGAAGUCAUUAAUCCCUUGAAAAUCAUUGUCGCGUAACCUACCAAAGCUUCUCCUCCCGCAAGACCCGAGUAGUAUAGCACAGUCACUUAUUACUCGCACUACUCACCAACCAUGACCACCUUCCCAAGCACAUAGCCAUGAUUGUCCGAAAUAUAACUCGGGCAGCCGGCCCAAGCCCGAGCUGUCUCGGCUUGAAUCGGCCCCAACUAAGCCCAUGGCUCUCGUUGUCGCAUACCACCACCACCACCACCACCACCACCCGAGUCUUCACUACCUCCCUCCAAUUGACCCUGCGAAGACCUCACCUAGGUUUACCUCAAGCCUUAACUCCAGCCUUGAAGACGGAUCAUAAUAUAGCCAAGUUCAGCUCCAAUGCCUCGAAGAAGCCAGCCGCCGCCACCCCGAAAGAUCCCCUUGCCGCCAUUGACAAGAAUGCUCAGGAGCAGCGCAAGGCGGAUUGGGCAAUCAUGAAAGAGAUGGCACAUUAUCUAUGGCCCAAGGACAGCCUCAACACUAAGUUGCGCGUGUCGUUGGCAGUUAUACUACUCGUUGGCGCCAAGGUGUUGAAUGUCCAAGUUCCCUUCUACUUCAAGAGCAUUGUAGACGCCAUGAACAUCGACGUGGGAGCUACGGGUGGCACUGCUGCCAUGAUCGCCGGAAGCAUGAUCAUCGCGUACGGUGCGACGAGGAUAGGAGCUACUCUAUUCCAAGAACUACGAAACGCCGUCUUCGCCUCGGUCGCUCAAAAGGCGAUCCGAAAAGUAGCCUGUAACGUCUUUGACCAUCUACUGCGCCUGGAUCUAAACUUUCAUCUCACGAAGCAGACCGGUGGAUUGACUAGAGCUAUCGACCGCGGUACGAAAGGCAUCAGUUUCCUGCUUACGAGCAUGGUAUUUCACAUUUUCCCUACGGCACUGGAGAUUGGCAUGGUUUGUGGGAUUCUCACUUGGCAAUAUGGCGCAAAGUAUGCUGUCAUUACCGCCGUCACUAUGACUGCGUAUACCGCAUUUACGAUCUGGACCACAUCCUGGAGAACCAAGUUCCGAAGACAAGCCAAUGCUGCAGACAACAAAGCUUCAACCGUAGCAGUGGACUCCUUGAUCAACUACGAAGCCGUCAAGUAUUUCAACAAUGAGAAGUUCGAGGUGGCUCGAUACGACAAGGCACUACAGGAGUACGAAAAAAGCUCCAUCAAGAUCGCCACCUCCCUAGCUUUACUCAACAGCGGCCAGAACAUAAUAUUUUCUGGCGCACUAACGGCCAUGAUGUAUCUCGCCGCCAACGGUGUCGCCAGUGGUUCCUUGACAGUUGGCGACCUUGUGAUGGUCAACCAACUAGUCUUUCAGUUGUCGGUCCCAUUGAACUUUCUCGGUUCCGUGUAUCGCGAGCUUAGACAGUCCCUUUUGGACAUGGAAACACUCUUCAACCUACAGAAAGUGAAUGUUUCUAUCAAGGAGCUCCCCGACGCGAAGGCGCUGCAUUUAGCCAAAGGUGGUGAGAUCAAAUUUCAGAACGUCAAUUUCGGAUAUAACGCCGAGCGCCCAAUUCUUCGGGAUCUCUCGAUGACUAUCCCUGCUGGGAAGAAGGUCGCGAUCGUAGGCCCCAGUGGAUGUGGAAAGUCUACGAUUUUGAGACUACUCUUCCGAUACUAUGACGUCGAGAAUGGCCGCAUCCUCAUCGAUGACCAAGACAUUCGUCACGUUACAUUGGAGUCACUGCGAAAGUCAAUUGGUGUCGUUCCACAAGAUACUCCCUUAUUCAACGACACCGUCGAGCACAACAUCCGAUAUGGCGAUUUGUCAGCUCCCGAAUCCAAGGUUAUAUCCGCCACUAAGCGUGCGCGCAUCCACGACAUUAUCUCGAGCUGGCCGGCCGGAUACUCUACCAAAGUGGGCGAGAGAGGCAUGAUGAUCAGUGGUGGAGAGAAGCAACGUCUCGCGGUCUCCAGACUGCUGCUCAAGGACCCACCGCUAUUGUUCUUCGACGAGGCGACGAGCGCGCUCGAUACCCAUACGGAGCAGGCCCUGAUGCAGAAUAUUAACAGUAUUCUCCGCGAAAAGUCGCGAACAAGCGUCUUCGUAGCCCAUCGCUUGCGAACUAUUUACGACGCUGACUUGAUCAUCGUGCUGAGAGAGGGUAGAGUCGCGGAGCAAGGAACCCAUAAGGAGCUGAUCGAUCGCGGAGGCCUUUACUCGGAGCUUUUUGCAGCCCAAGAAACGCUGUUCAAUUCUGACGGCGACAUCGAAGGGGUGAUUGAGAGUACCGCGGAUGCUGAAGUAAAGGAGGGAAGCAAGCAACCUCAGCCAUGAUGAAUUGCUGUACCUACCUACAUACUUGCAUAGUACUGUCCGGGUGGUUACUUGAGACAGUAAUAGGUUCUGUUAAAGGCUGUGGCCUUAUGAAUUGGUUAAGGGACCGUGCUUCCAUAAUGUUGUCAUGGAUAGCUAUGAUCCCUCGAGGAACCUGGCUUUGGUGAAUUCUAAAAGAUGCCUACCACCUAGUUACCUGGGCAGUUAAAAAUAGCAACGAUGAUCGUCUCGAAACCGAAAAAGUUCGAUCCGAUGGAAAAUAAUAAUCGCCGAUUAGGUUCAGUGAGCUUGGUCCUUGCGUGAAUUUACUUACCAGGUAGCUACCCCUAAUUAACACAGCAUCAAUUCUAUGGUUUUCUCUCUCCAGUAGUUAAAGCAUUUAAAGCUUCCCAAGCUCUCCCUUUCGUAAACAUUGGAUGGAUAC